AUGUCGUACAAUAUGGCCGGCCAGGGGCCCGACCCCGAGAUCUUCUACGUCAAGCAGAACCGGAUCGGCAAGGGAAGCUUUGGCGAGGUGUAUCGCGGAUAUGAACGCAGCACAACACUCCCCGUCGCCAUCAAGAUCAUCGAUCUCGAAAGCGCCGAAGACGAAAUUGACGACAUUCAACAGGAGAUCCAGAUCCUAGGGCAGCUAGACUCGGACCACAUCACUCGCUACUAUGGCUCGUUCCUCAAAGGGUCGAACCUGUGGAUCAUCAUGGAGUACUGCGCCGGCGGGUCCUGCUCCGAUUUAAUGAAAGCGGGCGUGUUUAAGGAGGAGUACAUUGCGAUCCUGCUGCGCGAGCUGCUCAAGGGCCUCGAGUACCUCCACGGCGAGGGCAAGCUGCACCGUGACAUCAAGGCCGCAAACAUCCUCCUUACGUCUGGUGGUGAUGUCAAGCUCGCGGACUUUGGCGUGUCGGGCCAGCUCACGGCGACGAUGACCAAGAAGAACACAUUCGUUGGCACGCCGUACUGGAUGUCGCCCGAGGUCAUCAAGCAGUCGGGCUAUGACCACAAGGCGGACAUCUGGAGCCUGGGCAUCACGGCGAUCGAGCUCGCUGAGGGCGAGCCUCCAUACGCCAGCUUGCACCCGAUGAAGGUGCUCUUCCUCAUCCCGAAGAACCAACCGCCAGAGCUGAGCGAGCGCUUCUCCAAACCGUUCCGCGACUUUGUGAAUCUGUGUUUACAGCGCGAUCCACGCAUGCGCCCGUCGGCAAAGGAGCUUCUCAAACACAAGUUUAUCAAGACGGCCAGAAAGGCGGGGUACCUCACAGAGCUUAUCGAAAGGCACGAAAAGUGGAAGAACGAAGGCGGUGCCAAGCCAGAUGAGGCCGCGCGCGACAUGGGACCAGAAGAGCCGGGGUUUGGGCCUGCCGAUGACGGGAUGUGGGACUUCGGCACGAUCAGGAAUGCCCUUCCCGCGACCGUCUCGCGUGCAUCACGGCCGCUGCCAGAGCCUGGAGCGAUGCCCAGUGCACCGUCCCCCGUCCUUGCCGGUUCGAUGAGCUCGCAACAGCAGAUGCCGUACCAGCCGCCGGGCAUCGAGUACUACUCGGACACAAUGCAGCGCGCCGUGCCACAGCAGCGUGCGCCUCUCGACGUGGACCCCAUGGCGCAGAUGGCGCAGGCGCACCCCUCCCAAGCGCACCCAUCCCAUCCACCACACCCGGUCCACCCCCACCCCCAUCCGCAUCCGCACCCGCACCCGCAGCCGCCGGCCGGCUCGCUCCACGCUAUUCCCCCUGCGCACCUCGACCACAUGGACCAUCUUCAGCAAGCCCAGCACAUGCCGCCACAUCUCAUGCCGGAUCCAUUAGACGACGACGAGGACAGCAUGCUCGACAACGUCAUCGUGCCUGCGAUUGGGAGUCUCGUGGCCCGCAUACCUAACGACGAGGCAGCGCGUGUUGUGCUGGAUCGCCUGCGCCAGGCAUUCGAGGCUGCAGAGCGUCAGAUUCCUGGUGUAACGUCUGCGUUCGUGCUCGAGAUCGUGGAGAACGUUGAGCAGGUCGACGAGAGCGGAGUAUAA